AAUAAUAAACUUAAGAAAGUUUUUUGAAGGAUAUCCAAACAAUGAAAGGUUAAAAAAUUAUUGAAUGUUGGUGAAAGAAGAUCCGGGUCAGAAGACUAAUGGUUACAAAAUAGUGAUUGCGUGUGUCAACGCGGGUUUUACCACCAUAAACAUUACAAAAGGUCUAUCGUGGAGAACUUUCAAUUUCGCCGGUUCGAAUUACAUAAACCCAGUGAGUUUCGGGGAACUAAUCGCCGGCACGUCCGAUGGAAUGGCAAAUGUAGAGCAACUGCAGCGGAUGUAAAUUAUUUCCAAACGACAGGAUGCUUUUAAUACAACGUUGAAACUAUCGCCGGGCUAGCGUCAAGCAGUUCUUCGUGUGGCGAUGAUUUAUGGCGCGAGCUAAUGCGCGCGUCCCAUUUCGGGGGCUCCUCUCCUCCGAAACUUCGUCGACGUCGGCGAUGACUCCGAAAAGAAAAAGAAAGUGGCGCUAGGUGGGAGUAAUCCAACGGAAUAGUGCAAGUCCGCACUUUCCUCAGUAAUGCUUUGUAUUUGGGUCAUCUUGGUCAUACCUAUCGCCGGCUUCUUCCUUCGACCUUCUGGAUUAGGAUGCUAUUUUCCCGUCGCUUCGGUGAGUCUUCGAUCCUUUCGUCUCAACCCUUCAACCUUCGUACACCGAGACCUUGACCCAGAGAAGAAACCGGAGAAAGUUAUCAGAUUAUUUAGAGAGAGAAAAUUGCCGUUUUCUGUUCCAGAAACGUUCACCUUAAUUUUUUUCAUCAUUUCUUCAUCCAGUCCAUACGAUUACAAUCCAAGGGAAGGCCCAGUGAGAUAUUAUCAUUCGCCGUCUUCAUCGGUACGAUGGCAUAGAAAUACCGGACCUUACGAAAAUGAUCCUUACAAUUACUACAGAGUGCCAGAACCCGGAAUUCCUUAUAGCAGAAAUUCCGUCUUUGAAACGGUUGGAAAAAUCACGGAUACCUUAGGGGCUUUAAACACUAUUGGACAAUAUAUCGUCAAUGUCACAAGAGACAGCAAAAACAUAUCAAAUAUACCAAAAGAUGUGCCAAAUGCAAUUUAUACCCUUAGCAAAAACGUUCUUGGAAGAAACAUCACCGAUACAAUCGCACCUUUUGUUGGGGAACAACAAAUACGAAGAGAAAUCGAUGAAGUUACGCCUCCAAGUUACGUUUAUAAGACCACAACAGAAAGUAAUCUGCAAACGUGUACAACUCCAGAUGGAACACAAGGAAUUUGUGAUGACUUAAGCAAUUGUCCGGAUUUACUUUUAAAUCUUCAAGAUUUACGACAAUCUUUAUGUUUUAAAAGUUUAUUCGUUCCCGGAGUUUGUUGUAGAAAAGAAAAUACCAUAACAGAUCAAUCUUAUGUAUCAACUACAACUCCAAUUCCAACCACAACAACUCAAUUUACAACUACGACGCAUAAUUAUUAUCCAAUUUCGACUACCACACAAUUUCCCGAAAUAUUUACUUUAGGAACAAACAUCGAAGCAGAAGAUUGUGGUCAACAAGAAGAUGAACAGUUUCGCGUUGUCGGCGGAGAGGAAGCAGCACCGCAAAAAUGGCCUUGGGUAGCAGCUAUUUUCCUCCACGGAAAUCGAAAAGUGGAAUUUUGGUGCGGGGGAUCGUUAAUAUCUUUAAAACACAUACUAACAGCAGCCCAUUGUACCAAAGACGGCAAUGACCGACCAUUCGCAUCAUAUCAACUCUCAGUUAGACUUGGCGACGUGGACCUUAAAAGAACUGACGAACCAUCAAACCCUGCCACUUAUCGGGUUACCCAAAUCAGAAGACACGAAAAAUAUAACCGAGUUGGUUAUUACAAUGACAUUGCGGUUCUUUUAUUGGAUAGGAUUGUUCAAAGGUCAAAAUAUGUAAUUCCAUUAUGCCUUCCUCCACCUUCACUUAGAUACGAAACGUUUGAAGGAAGAAAAAGUACUGUUGUUGGAUGGGGAAGUACUUAUUAUAAUGGAAAAGAAAGUUCUGUUCAAAGACAAGCUGUAAUCCCAAUUUGGAAAAAUGAUGAUUGUAACCAAGCUUAUUACCAACCAAUAACAUCUCAUUUCGUUUGCGCUGGUUAUGCUGAAGGUGGAAUCGAUGCAUGUCAGGGAGACUCAGGAGGACCAUUGAUGCUUCUUUGGGAUACAAGAUGGCUACAGGUAGGAAUAGUUUCUUUCGGAAAUAAAUGUGGAGAGCCAGGUUAUCCAGGGGUGUACACAAGAAUAACGGAAUAUUUAUUAUGGAUAAAAGAUAAUAUGAAAAAUUAGAUUAUUAUUAAUUUUUUUUUUGUAAAUAACCAU